GUGCCCAUGGUUUGCCCUAAUUUCCCGACACGUACCCCGCGAUCCCGCUCCCAUACGACUUCCCUGCCGCCUUUUUGCGUCCUUCGAUCCUUUUCUACGUGUGUUUCUUUUCGUUCAUCCAGCGAUUGCCGAUGUGGAGUGGGAUCGUGUUAUAUGUUCGCUGGAAUUUUUCUUUGUUUUCCUGUGUUAGGUCGCGGAGAUUUGUGUGCUCGUACCUGCGAAGAAUUGAUCGUGUGGGAUUAUAUUCUACGGUUCGGUAGUUUCAGCGUCAGCUCUCAUAUGAAAUGUUGCUGCUGUCGUGCUUUGCGCUGAUCAGGUUGGAAGGGUUUGCUGUAUCAUGCAUUUUUUGUGGAUAAUCUUCAUUUUCUCUUGAGUCACCGAUUCUUUUGUUGUCUUCAAAAUGUCGGGCUUGCUGAACUCAAACCUUAAUAGUUCGGCAUCAAAUCUUUCAGACUCAGCUGGAAGGCCAUUUACAGCAUCCUUUUCGGGUCAAUCUGGAUCAAUUCCAGGUUUUCAUCAUUCUGGCUUGCAUAACACUCAUGGAAGUUACAAUCUUCCGAGUAUGCCUGGAUCACUUGCACAAAGGAAUGCUGCCAUGAGUGGCCUUCCGUCCUCUGGGGUUCAACAACCUGGAGGUAGCAUUCCUGGGAGAUUCCCUUCAAACAACCUUCCAGUUGGCAUGCCUCAGAUUCCUCAUGCACAUUCAGGUGUCAGUGGUAGAGGGAUGAAUUUUGGCGCAGGUCCGGCAUUUAGUAGCAGCAUGAAUAUUGGUGGUAACAUCCAAGGCUUAUCCUCGGGCUUGGGCUCCGGUGGUAAUCGCAAUUCUGUUCAUGGGAUGCCAGUAUCUUCAUCUAUAGGAAACUCGGGUCAACGGAUAAGUUCUGUAGGAAAUAUGGUAAGUGCAAGCAAUAUUGGAAGAAAUAUAGGCACUGGUGGUUUGUCCGUGCCAAGUAUUGCAUCACGAAUCAAUUUGAAUGGUAGUGGUGGGAGUGGUAGUCUGAAUGUGCAAGGAUCCAGUCGAAUGAUGAAUGGAUUGCUUCAUCAACAAGCAACUCCUCAGUUGAUAAAUAUGCUUGGAAGUUCAUAUCCAACAUCUGGAGGUUCAUUAUCACAGAGCCAAAUUCAAGCAGGAAAUAAUUCUUUUAGUUCUAUGGGGAUGUUGCAUGAUGCCAGUGACACUGCUCCAUUUGACAUAAAUGAUUUUCCCCAAUUGUCUGGUCGACCUAGUUCUGCUGGUGGUCCGCAAGGACAAUAUGGAUCACUGCGCAAGCAAGGAGUUGGUGUUAAUACCCUUGUGCAACAAAACCAGGAAUUCAGCAUUCAAAAUGAAGACUUCCCGGCUUUGCCUGGAUAUAAAGGUAACCCUUCGGAUUAUAAUGCUAUAGAGUUGCAUCACAAGGAACAACUCCACGAUAAUGUACCUGUAAUUCAAGCACAGCAGUAUCCUAUGGCAAGGUCAGGCUUAGGAAGUAGCUACCUACCCAAUCGACAACAACACCAGCAAGGUGCUAAUUCAGUCCAGAAUGGCGGAUCCCACAAUAUUUUACUGAGACCACCCAGUCAAACUUCUAGUUUGGGAUCAUAUGAUCCAUUUCUGCAGCAAUACCAGCAGCCUCAGCCUCAAAAUCAUUUCAGAUUGCAGCAGAUGUCUUCAGCUGCACAUUCAUAUCGGGAUCAGAUUCAAAAGAUUCAGGCGGGACCGACACCACCUGAUCCAUAUGGCUUGUUAGGAUUUUUGGGUGUUAUAAGGAUGAAUGAUGCUGAUUUAGCAUCUCUUGCUUUAGGAAUAGAUUUGACAGCAUUGGGUUUGAACUUGAACUCGCCAGAUAAUCUAUACAAGACAUUUGGCUCACCCUGGUCGAAUGACCCAGCAAAAGGAGAUACUGAUUUUCGAAUUCCAGCUUGUUACCUCUUUGACAAAACUCCUCCACUACAGACCUUACUUUUUCAGAGGUUUCACAUAGUAACACUAUUUUUCGUCUUCUAUAGCAUGCCAAAAGAUGAAGCUCAGCUGUACUCUGCCAAUGAACUGUAUAAUCGGGGAUGGUUUUACCAUAAAGAAGUGCACUUAUGGCUCACCAGAAUUUCAAAUGUGGAACCUCUAGUAAAAACUCACCUCUAUGAACGUGGAUCUUACUAUUGCUUUGACCCAGAAUCCUGGGACACAAUACGCAAGGACAACUUUGUUCUCCACUAUGAGAUGGUAGAGAAAAGGCCAGUUCUGCCUUCAACAUCACCAAACCUUAGAUGAAAAGAAAAUCUAGGACGGGGAGAGGAACAAAGAAACAUAUAACGAUCUGCAGGAAGGACUAAGGAGGCAGGAAGUCGCAGAACAGAAUUGGGGAUGUCCAAUUAACACCCCUUGUAAUUACUAAAACUGUGAGCGAAUGUUGCGUUUUUCUUGCACUCCCCCCUUCGCCCUCCUAAUUAAACUGCCUAAUGUUCAGGAUUAGUUUUUCUCCAGCUUCAAAAUAACAACGCAUAGAUGGUUUUGAUGUUCUGUCCUCUGUCCAACCAUAUCAUGUCGAUGCUCAGCGAAAGAUAAAAUCAUACCAUGUCGAUGAUCA